AUGGCCCCGGCCUCCGCCUCCGCGGCCCCUCCCGUCGGCGCGCGCUGCGCCGUCUGCCGCGGCGUCGACAUCUCCGUCCCCCACCAGGCCAACUGCUCCCACUGGUUCUGCGGACAUUGCAUCGUGGGGGUGUGGCUACAAGGAUCUGUCCUUCGGCCAUCCAAUUGCCCUGUUUGUCGUCGCCCCAUAACGCUGCUGGUACCUUCUGAAGCUGCUUCCCUGCUGCGUGAUGAGCCAGAAAUCGCUCCUGUCAUGAACCGAAUUGAGCAGUACAAUGGCCGUUUUGCUGGAGUACCUCACAGUAUGAUUCAGUGGUUGCUGGACCAGCCCUUUUACAUGAGGAGGAUGCUGGCAGAAUUCAGAGACACACGCCAAGAACCUCCCUCCUCCUUCAAAAUCCAAGUCGCAUUGGCAGCCACCCUCGCUCUGGUGUACCUCGCGAGCCCUAUUGACCUUUUCCCUGAAGCUUUCCUGGGGUGCCGUGGUCUGCUGGACGACAUCCUGGUGCUCAUCGUCGCGUACGCCUUCAUCUCCGCCGCCUACCGGGACAUCCUCGUUGCCCGACACGCCACAUGAACUGGUUGGUUGGUAUGAUGCCAGCAGUUACUGACUGACGGAUACAGGGAACUGAACUUGGUGAAAGCAACAUAGUGAGUGAUGUGUACAGCAUAUAUGCUUUGACUUUGGAUGGUAAUCUCGUUCUGGUAGAUACGUACGCACGAUCCGUCGGGCCCAAGCUAUAUUGCUGGGUUAGGGUCUUGAGUUCGAGAUUCAUAUGCCAUGCUCGUGUCCGAAUGGUCAAAUGUUAGGUCAGGAGAUAUAUAGUUAGAUCUCUUUGACGGUAUGCGUGUUUCGUGGAUGACUUGUAACCAUCCCAGCUCAUGCCAUAGUGCUACAGUUGGAUCUUAGGGAUCGUCUCCCUGGAUCGAGCACAUGCCAUUGUAAUGUUGAAUGACAGUAUAAUGUCCAAAUAUUGGUAGAUAGUGCUACUGCCCUAUGCUGUAAGCCAGAUAGUUGGUUAGUUGUAUUUUGUCAGAUUGAUUGCAUUCCAAAGUUGAACCUGA